AUGGAACGGCCAGUGACACCACAAAUGUCUAGAUUCAUCCUUGAGCACAAAGGAGAGUUAGUGCCUGUUGGAUCAGCAAAUCUUGCCAUUAAAUUAACUUCAAUUUGUCGGAGAUGUAGAUUUGAAUUGUACAAGGAGAUGGAAAAUUCGAACAAGAUUGAGAAUGAAUUACCACCAAAGUGUACACAUCCAGAUGUAUUGACACCAAUAAAGAUUGAGGACACUAAGGAAGUUAAUGUAGAUAUGGAAGAAAACGAUGAAAUUUGGAAAACUGAUGAUCACCUGGAGAUAUUUUCUGAUGAAGAUUCAGUGGGUCUUCUUGGUUCUCAACCAUCAUCACAAUCCUCAUCUUGGAGUGAAGAAAAUAACAACACUCUAGAUAUUUUCAAUAAGGCUGUAACUUUGCUUGGACAUGGGAAGAUGAGCCCACUUAAAUUCAAAGUACAUCAGAGGCUGAACAGCCUUAAGCCCUCCACUACAAGAUUGCUUAAGAGAAAAGCCACAGAAGCAGUCAAUUUAGUUCUUGAGAGUAUAGCUCCAGGACAGGGAAAUGAAUUGUUAAAGCUCAUUCACGAGCCAGAGCAGCAGCAAGAAACAAGCUCUAGCAAACUUGAUCAACUUGUUGUUAAACUGUACUGUGAAAGCACAGACAAGGCUGUUAAGAAACGACUGUUGUCCAUGAUUGCUUGCUCUCAUACAAAAAAACAGCUUCAGCAGAUCAUUCCCUCAGUCACCAUGCAUGCUAUAAAUGAGGCAAGGAAACAUGCUGUUGAACAUUCUGAAGGUGCUGAGGUUCCUAAACAGAAACCAGUAUUUCAUAAGAAAAUUGAUCUCAUGAAAUUGGACCAUGCACGGGAUUUUAUCUUCAAUCCAGCAUUUCAUCAGGUUUCCUCUGUUGGUACUAAAGAGAUGAGACUAGAGGAUGGCAGCAUUGUGUCCAUUCCAGAGGUGGUCAGAACAGUCUGGCACUCAACUCUGAUCAAACUCUAUCUGGCAUAUUGUGAGGAGACGGAGUUUAUUCCUCUGUCUAGGUCUACAUUGUUCCAUAUUCUUCGGAUUUGUCCCGCUUCAAGGCGCACAAAUCUGAAGGGUCUGGACAAUAUAACAGCAGAUGGAGAGAGCUCAUAUGAUGUGCUUCUAUCAGUAGUUGCAGAUGUGGAAAAGUACAUAACAGAUGGAUUAUUGCUAAUGGAACUGAAGGAAUGCAAAGAAUCCUUGGCAUCCAGUAGAAUUUAUAUGAAAACAGAUUUUAAAAUACAUUUGAAACAGACUGACCACUGCAGUGAUCAUUGCAUUAACCAUGCUCUAAGUGAUCCGCUUGACAUUCAUUUCCAGCAAGCAUGUACUGACCACCAACAUGAUGUUGGUUGCGACCGCUGCCAAUUACUUCCAAAAGCAGUUUUAAAUUUGAAGGAAAUCCUGAGCAAUCUCGCAGAUCUUUCCCCCAACACCAGAGAAGAAUUGUUUAUGGAUAUUGAUGCAGUGGUAACAAAGAUUCUUCAAUGGAAAAGCCACAUAAUUAGAACUAUCACCUGGUGA